UAGAACAAUCCAUUUUGAACAUCCAGUCCGUCCAUAAAUCGGAAUUCUUCGCAGCAGUGCACCCGUCUGCAUUGUCCGUAGUCGGCAUCCGGUCUUGCUUGUGUCCACUAAUCCGUGCGAGGUGCAAUUACGAACAAUAGUCGACAAAGGCAGUUGGAAAAUCGUCAUAUCUUUCGUUGGAGCUGCAUUGGGCAGAAGGCACCGAGCAGUCUGCAAGCAGUUUCCCCUAAUACGGCAGAAUGCAUCUUCGGUAGUUCGAAGGAUUUGCAGAAGUUUUUUGAACUUUUGUUUAGCAUUUUCACCUAGUUUCGCCUUCAAAGUGAAUUCAAGCUGUAAUGGAAGGAAAUGAUCUGCGGACGGUAUCCGAAUCAUGUUAUCGACAAAUCAAGCAUUUUUAUUCUCUGUAAAAGAUAGGCAUAGUUUCUUAGCAUGCUUUUAUGCAAUUCCAAUUAGUGAUGCAAGUGUUCUGUUCUUGUGAUACAAUCGUUCCAUGAGAAAAAGUAAAAAAAGAAGUGAUAUCCAAAUUAGUUUAGAUAAAUCUGUAAACCCUGUGAACUAGUCGUUUUCAAAGUGUUAAAUUUUGAUAAGAUCAUAACAAUCAUAAAUUAAUAAGAAUCUAAAAUGGACGUUCAUCAACAACGCACGCAGCACGGGAGCAGAGUUCGGGAUAACAUCCUAGCAGUCGGUCUCGGUGGGGGGAAAACGGCAACGAAGUAAGCGACGAUAUGGGGAUACAUGAAGGAAAAACGACGGCACGUAGCGACCGAAGGGACUGAAGAGAUCCUGCGAUUGAAGUUGUGUUCGUGUGGAACGCACACGUGCACGUGGUUCCAUUAGUAGGCCGUGCGUUGUGUUUAUCAACAUUUCAUGAAGUGCGAGAAACGGAUUGGGUUACCUUUUUCACGCCUCCUAUGUUUCCCUGUGCUCGAGAAGUGAUUUAGUUAUAUAGAGGUUGCAAAACGAGCAACUGAGGACGACGUCAGCGUGAAAGUGCGUGCUAAAUGCGACCGAAGAAUUGAUUGGUCCCCGUGUGUGUUUGUGGCAAACGACGUGUGGGAGGCAGUGAUUCUGAUUUUAUCCCCCCGUAAAAUAUUUAUCGCUGCCACUUUACACGGCUAAAGUGGUUGUACCGGUGAGACCGACGACGAAAUUUGGCAAUCACACGUUCUAUCGGUUUCGAAUAUCCUCUCCCCUUCUUCACCCGACGAGCACUAGCGGAAAUUCGUCAGAUUGGCUGGAAAUCACAGACAGGGGGCCCCCGUUAAAGUGUCAGUAGUUGGAAGCGGUGGCCCUGGCAAUAAGAUUUGGCGACGGGAACGGAUAGUGAUGACGGAGCCUGACUCGGACGAUGUGGCGUUUCUCACAGGAGGCGAUAGUACCAGUGGUCGUCCAGGGCGGGAAGGAGUCGCCGUUUGUUCACAGAAGCGAGCACUAUGCGUGACGGCCAUUGUUCUGGGAACCCUGCUAGCUACCGCCCUAGUGAUAGCCUACGCCGGGCCCCAAAGUGUGUGCCCCUGUGCUGGAAAGAUUCCACCCGGGUUUAUCGUCGAAGGCUACAACAGUUCGGAACCCUUCCAGCCAAUUGCCACCAAUGGGCAACCCUUCCCCUGGCUGCUGCCAACACUGCCGAACAACGUACGCCCAAACCGGUACAUGUUGACGAUCCACCCGAAUUUGACGACGCUAGAUGUGAAAGGACAAGUAACGGUAGAGUUCUACGUUGAGAAGGAGACCAAUUUCAUUGUACUUCACGCGCAAGACUUGAACAUCACAGAGAAGGCUUUGGUAGGACCGAAAGGAUAUGCACUGAAGAUCUUACGAAUACUGGAGUAUCCACCGAGGCAGCAGUUGUACAUAGAACUACGAGAUAAGCUGCGGAAGAAGACCAAUUUUACCUUAAGCAUUCGGUGGUACUCAAAGAUGAUAACAGAACCAGAUGGAUUUUUUGUGGAUGUUUUCGAACCGGAACCGGAUAUUAAGAAAAUACUAGCAGCGACAGUUCUGAAACCGGGAAGUGCGCGGAAAGCAUUUCCCUGUUUUGAUGAACCACAUCUGAGAGCGUCCUUCAGAAUAUCGUUAUUCCGUGAUCGAUUUCACAUAGGACUGUCCAACUCUAUCGUGCAGGACACGGAUGACGUUGGAUUUUACAUGGGAACUGGAUUGUUGCGUGACGAUUUUGCGGAAACGCCGCCCCUUCCACCAAACAUGAUCUCAUGGGUGAUCAGCAGUUUUAAACGCCAACUGCUGGACCCUUCGCCCAUCUACCAAACGGUCAACAUAACCAAAGACACUCACAAGCCGCUGCUAGAACCAACGAAGCCGCCACCUAAGCUGACCAAAGCGGAAAAGAAACCGUUCCGUAAUCUUACUGCCGUUCUACUGUCAAAAAACCUCUUCAAACUAACGAACAAUCAACCACCCAGCACCGCAAAACCGUCCAGCGCGAACGAAUCCAGCAGCGAUGGGGCGGCGGGAAUCGUCGCUACUAAUGCGAUACAGGGAAAUCGUACCAACUGGAACGGAACCGAAUCUAAUCACACUAUUGCCAGCGAUGCGUUGGAAAUCAAAACGGCACCAGCGUACUCGUUCUACGCACCUCAGCAGUACGUAGAUAAAGGAAGCUUUGUGUUGCACACAUCAAGAGACAUUCUGGAGUACUUGCAGCAGUGGUUAGGAGUAGCGUACCCGCUCUCAAAACUGGACUUUAUAGUGUUGCCGACUCUUAACGAUGACUUUACAAGCUCUCUGGGGUUGAUCGUGCUCCGGAUGUCUUUCCUGAACUCACCGGACGAAGUGUCCACCAAAGAUUAUCACAUGUCAGUGGUAAAAAUAUCGGAGGGCAUUGUCAAGCAAUAUUUCGGUGGUCUGAUAUCGCCGAAAACAUGGAAACACAUUUGGUUAUGGGAAGGAAUCAUCAAGUAUCUGAGCAGGUUCAUACUCACGCCGAUCAGACCGCUCUGGCCGAUGAACGAGCUGUUCUUGAUCGAGACGACUACGCGAGCUCUCGAUGUCGACGCCCUGCAAGGCUGGGAAAGCAUAAGUCACGGGACAUCGGAGACUGGAGACAAUGAAGACUUCUACAUCGACAAAUCGGCUACGAUGCUGUCCAUGUUGCAAUCAGCCAUUGGGGAAGCGAACUUCCGACAGUGUUUGGGCAAAUUCAUCAAAACUUUCAAGUUUAUGACGGCGGAACCCACCGAUUUGUGGUCGAUAUGUGCUCGGCAGGUUAACAACAGUAAGAAUGUAAAGGAGAUGAUGAACUACUGGAGCAACUUGCCUGGAUUCCCAUUGGUGAACGUAACCCGACAGGGAGACGAGAUUCACAUCAGCCAAGCUCCGUUCAUGCCGGCGGAAUUUGUGGCCAUUCACGACGAUCCGAACGCCGAGGAGAACGAUUCGCUGUCCACAACGACAACGAGUACAACAACGGUGGCUCCCAGCACUGCCAAGGAUAGUAAAAGACGUACCCGGUGGACAUUCCCCAUAAGCUAUGUGACCAGCAAUAGUGAACAACUGCCAAACACAAUUUGGUUCAACUCGACUGAAACCAAGAUCUUCCUCGAUCACUCACCAAAAUGGAUAAAACUUAAUCACGACCAAACGGGGUAUUAUCGAGUGCUCUACGAUGAGGACAAUUGGUCGAAGCUGGUUGAACAACUCCACAUCAAUCAUCACAUCUUCAACACGCAGGAUCGCGUCGGCAUCGUAUCAGACAUCUUCACCCUUUGUCACGCAAAUCUUUUACGGUGUGACUUUGCGAUGGAUUUGAUAUCAUACUUCCCGAAGGAGCAGGACUGGGGACCGGUGCUUGUUGGUCUCAAGCAUUUAGAAAAAUGGCGCAAGAUCCUCAAGUAUUCCGAGUGCUAUCUAGUUCUGGCGGAGUAUAUCCGACAAAAUUUGGCGAAAUCAAUCCAAGAUCUGACUUGGAAUGAUACCGGGAAGGAGGAGUUGAAGCUCCUACGACCAACUGUACUCUUGAAUGCAGUACUGUGGGAAGAGCCGGAUGCGAUCCGGAACGCCAAAGAGCUGAUGAACGAUCAGGCAAACAUCCCACCAAAUCUGCGCUCGGUGGCCUACGUGGGAUCGGUUCUGUCGGGCGAAAUUCGCUACUGGCAGGACUGCUGGGCGCUGUACAACGCACUGCGUCGAGAGAAGGACAUCGGAUCGGAGGAACGGAUGGAACUGCUGCGAGCGCUAGGCGUUACGAAGGACGCGUGGCUACAGAACAGAUUGCUAUCGCACGUGAUAACACUGCCCGUGACGGAGGUCGUUCAAGUGCUGCAGGCGAUCGCCGGUACCCCUACGGGAGGUGCGAUGGCGUGUCGGUUCCUGCAAGCCAAAUGGCUCGACUUCCAGUCGAAGCUGGGCAAGGGCAGUGUGGACUUUGCCCGCGUGAUAUCGGCCAUCACGCAGUACGGGUCAACUAAGUUCGACUAUGAUGAGCUAAAAUCCCUAGUGGAGCGCUUCGGCGACGGGCCGGGCAUGAAGAUCCUCAACAUGACCCUCAGCAUGGUGGCGGCCAACGUCGAGUGGGUCAGCCGUUCGCAGUCGUCCAUCUACAGCUGGAUCGAGACCAAGUACCACUUGGAGAAGUAAGAAUCGUGCAACCCUUAACAGAAUCGGUGAGAGGAAUUUGCGGAGCAAAUAAAUAAAACGAUGUAAAUCUAUUUUUUUAGUUUGUCCUUUUUCGAAACAAUAGAGGAACAUAAAAAAAAGACAAACACAGAGACAUAGAAGUGAAACGAGUGUGUGCGUGUAGAUUAAGUGAGCAGAACAAAUCUUGGAAACAACAACCUACAAAUUGCGACCGUGACCGUGAUGUGAGUGAAUGUUUUCUAGAACGCGAGCGCGAACAAUUUGAAACGCUGAGAAAAUCAGAAUGCAUUUAUUCGUAGUACAAUCUCUGGUAGAAGAUUUUUAAAUCCAACUAUAUGAAACGGAACGACUCUUCCAAAGACACAACAAUGUGAAUCUGUACGAUAGUCCGCGGUAUUGUUUUUUAGUUUGCGAUCUAAAAGUCAUUAAAUCGAACUACUGUGUUCUCAUUUUUACAUAUUUUAGUAAACAGGUAUAAGAAGUGACUGAUUUGUAUCAUUAAGGGCAUUCAUUAUAAGAUCACACUCUCAAACAUUCUCACUGUCAUAUUUAUCGGGUUCCAAGCGCAUCAGCAUCUGUAGCAUAGACACAAAUGUCCAAAUUUUGAACAAUUACUUGUAACAAUAGGCAACUUAGCUCCGCUGAUGAUAUCCAUUAUCAGUGUUCCAAUCAGCGCAAUACGCGGUAUCGAAACUGUGGUGCGAUAUUAAAUGAGUAAUAUCACAGAAAUUUUACAUAACGAUGUAUGGAAAUUAAAUUUCAAAAUGCUAACAAAAUUGUUUAAUCAAAAUGGAAAUAAAAACGGAUUGAUGUCUAACGAAAACAAAAGAAGUCUCGUAAGUCUCAAAAUAAGUAUAUUAACAAUGAAUACUUGAAUAAAAAUAUGUUUACUAUAUAGGUUAAAAAGAUCCAGUUCCGCACAUCAUACAGUUUUAUAUCAAACUUUGUCCUAAUAUCUUUUCUUCUUCUUCUUCUUAUUGGCAUUACGUCCCCACACUGGGACAGAGCCGCCUCGCAGCUUAGUGUUCAUUAAGCACUUCCACAGUUAUUAACUGCGAGGUUUCUAAGCCAGGUUACCAUUUUUGCAUUCGUAUAUCAUGAGGCUAACACGAUGAUACUUUUAUGCCCAGGGAAGUCGAGACAAUUUCCAAUCCGAAAAUUGCCUAGACCGGCACCGGGAAUCGAACCCAGCCACCCUCAGCAUGGUCUUGCUUUGUAGCCGCGCGUCUUACCACACGGCUAAGGAGGGCCCCUAAUAUCUUUUAAAGACACUUUGAAAUUUACUUUCCAUGUGUUCGGUGUAAAAUUUUCGUCCUAAUUACUCAUAAACUAAACCUUUUCCAUAUACCGCCACGGAGCUUUGGCUUCGCGUAAAAAGCGAAGAUAAAAUUGUCAUUAGCCGACUUAUGGGCUGCAGAGAUUAUCGACAUCACCGCCAGUGGUAAUGAAGUAAUGGAUUUGACACACAAACCCCCAAUUUUUGUUUCAAAUAAAAGUGCUGCUUUCGAUGAUGAAUCAGAGAUGUGACGAACAAUACCGACAAAGAGCAGCUAGAAAAAAAACUCAUUUGACUACGUUCUCGUGUACAUACAAGGAAAACUGUACAGCAAAAAGAAAAACGUUCGCCACCCCUCUUCAUUAUUAUGAUGAUUUCCUAAUUCUACAUUAGACUCGACGUUCGGGAGGCACGUGAGACUAACGGAAAGUAGAAAAAUACGUGAAACUUGACUUACAGCAGGUGUGUGAUAUGAGUGGCGAUUCCCGUAACGGAUCGCAUUUAAGCAGUAUUAAAACAGAAAGUGGAAAACAAAGAUUUUCUCUAGUCUACUAAGAGCAGAGCCGUUUCUGAGCAUAUAUUUACGUUACAGAACUUUAAAGUUACCAGGAUGGAGAUUUAACGUUAUGUGGUACAAGAGUGAAAACUAUAGUUGACUUUGUUGCUUCUCUUUUCCCGUCAUAAUCAAGAUAUUCAUACAUUAACGUCCCUUAAUUUAUUUUUUAGUGAUGAUUGAAGCUUAUGUAAUUUGAUUUAAAUCGUAAAAUUGAAUUAAAUUUGAAUUAAAAGAAAAAAAAGUGCGAUAUUUAGCGAUUUUUCGGUUGAAGUUUUUCUCCAAAACGGAAUCAUUCUCUCGCAAUAUCUGUAAUAGAGUUUUUAUAUAAAGCAACACUUUAAAUGCUCAGUAAAAAUCCUGUUUAGCAAUAUAUAUCUUUACAAACGUAACACACUCAUACUUAUAAACGAGAUAUCUAGGUUUGCUUAUUCUUUCCUAAUAACAAGCACGAACAGUCGACGAUGAUAAAAAGGCAGAUUAGUUCUUAGUCAAUACGCUUAACAAGUACUACACGCAGAAUUUAAGCCCAUACUUUUAUUUCAAAUAUUGAAACAAGGACUCAAUCCCGGAUGCUGACCUCCAGAUCAGAUAUUUCCACCAUUCAUUCGAGACUACCACGAUAUUGAGUGCUUCUAUUUAAUCAGCGAACUGUGUUAGAGGAAUAACAGAAAAAAAAAACAAGAAGCGCAAUGACGGAGGAAACAAAACUGAUUUCGUGUGCUAAUUUUUAUGUCAUAUUAUCGUCAUGUAUAGAUUAUUAUGUAUAUUGCGGAGCGUAGUGCCGAUCGCAGCAAAGCAAUUAGGUAGAGGCGCAAACAAACAAAAGAAAAGAAGUAAACAAAACAGUACGAGAUAGAUCGUGUUUAGGCAGCGGAAGCAGACGACAGAUUUUUUUGGUCAAAUAAAAGGAACAGUAAAAAACCGAAGAACCAAACAACAAACAACCAGCAGCGUGUCGUAAAACAUUGUGUCAAAACAAACCGUUAAAAUAAAACACUUCAAUCUGUAAAA